AUGCAGCAAGUACUUGAUCAACAAACAACAUCAAAUUUAAUAUCAUCUUCAUCAACAUCUCUUAGUACAAUUAAUACUAGUGAUAUCAAAUCAACGGAUACAAUCAGUAUGGACGAAUUAAAUGACAGCAAAGAAACAGAUGAUCGUGAUUUGGAAGUAUACCCAUGGCGUCAAAUGCUUGAUGAAGCACGAAAUAUUCUUGGAAAUUCAUCAAUUUCUUCGACAGUAUCUGAUUCUGCAUCAAGUACACCUUCGACAAAAAGAAAAUAA